AGGUAGGCACAGAAGGACAGAAAGGUCCCAAAGUAGAGAGCGCUGUAUAGAUAACCAUCUCUAUCCCCAGCCCAUAUCAUAUCCUUUCCCAUUCUCCCACAUACCAAUACCCCCCAAGCCCACCGGAAAACCAAAACCCGCCGGAAAACUAAAAAAAAUGUCCGGAAAAGAGUGCAGCAUCCACAAAGACCGGCGACAAAAGGCCGUCCGGCAAUUCUGCGGCUGCGUCCUUAUCCUCCUCUUCCUCAUCCUCCUCACCAUCCUCAUCGUCUGGGCAGUUCUCCAGCCCAAGAAGCCCCGCUUCAUCCUCCAAGACGCCACCAUCUACAACUUCAACGUCUCCGCCCCCAACAUCUUCUCCACCACCAUCCAAGUCACCGUCUCCUCCCACAACCCCAACCGCCGCGUCGGCGUCUACUACGACAAGCUCGACGCCUUCGCCACCUACCACGACCAGCAAAUCACCUAUUACACCGUUAUCCCGCCGGUAUACCAGGGCCACAAGGACACUAACCUCUGGUCCCCUUUUAUCUACGGCAAUAACGUCCCCAUUGCGCCGUUUAACGGCCCCGACCUCCGUCAGGACCAGGACGCCGGCGCCGUUUGGAUCACCGUUAAACUUAACGGCCGCGUCAAGUGGAGAGUCGGGUCCUUCACCUCCGGCCGUUACCACCUCCACGUCACCUGCCCUGCUUACAUACCCUUCGGUAACGCCCCCAAGAACGGCGGGAUCGUCGUCGGAAACGCCGUUAAGUAUCAGCUCUCCCGCAGCUGUGACGUCAGUGUCUAGUAAUGACGCCGUUAAGUAUCUUCUUUCUCAUUUUUAUUACCGCAGUUACUACUUUGUAAAUUUUGCUCAAGGGAAGGGCUGGAUGGAUACAAAAUUUUCAAUCAAGUUAAGGAUUGUAUUUCCGAAUAAUUACAGUUUGACACUUUAAAUGUGUAAUAAUAAUACUACAUAUUACUCUUCUUC